CAAGCAAGCACGCACAUUUAGAGGACGCUCAGCAAGGCAUGGAACACUUUGGUGCAUUUCUAUUAGUUUUGACCUGUGUGUUACAUUUGCCUUUAACAGAAGGUUUCCCAACGUGCAGCCGAGAGAGGUUCUCGUGUAAUAACAGCAGGUGUGUGCCUCUGAAUCUGCGCUGUGACGGUGUGGACGACUGUGGUGACAGCAGCGAUGAGGUCUCCUGUUUGAACUGCACUACUGGCUCCUUCCACUGCGUAGCGACAGCGCGCUGCGUUCCUGGCCACCGUAUCUGCGAUGGCAAGGCUGACUGCUCAGAUGGCGCAGAUGAACAGUUAAACGCAUGCAUAUCCCUGCAUAAACCACAGGCAUGCUCUAGGUCAGAGUUCAGAUGCUCUAAUGGACACUGUGUGACCAGUUCAUGGAGGUGUGACCACUCCAAUGACUGUGAAGAUGGCAGUGAUGAAGAGAACUGUGAUCAGAAUGAGUGUGAGGUCAAUAACGGGGGCUGUUCUCACAUGUGUAUAGAUCUGACGUUAGGCUUCAUGUGUGAAUGCCCCAGUGGAAUGAGGUUGGUCGAGGACACACACUGUGAGGAUGUGGACCAGUGUCUUGAUUUAGAUUUGUGUGAUCAGACUUGUGACCAUUCCAAUGGAUCUCCUACAUGUGAAUGUCAGGAUGGCUAUGUUCUGACCCCAGGGACUGGUCAGUGUGAGGCUACGGGUGAUGUAGCUUAUAUGGUGGUCAGCACUCAGGAGGGGCUUCAGUUGAUGGACCUUGGUGGUUCAGAGCAAAGGAACAUCACAUCUCAAACAAGCUCACCAGGACCUGUUUCAGCACUUAAUGCAAAUAACACACUAUAUUGGGCCAGUCCUGAGAAUGACAUCAUCUACAGUCUGUCUUUAGACUCCAGUGGCCAAAGUCCUACUGUUUUGUUAAAGGCCUCCACAGGCAUUCGUGGAUUGUCUGUAGACUGGACCCAUGAGCUUCUGUACUGGGUCAGCACCAGUUCUCAUGCUUUACAUGUGGCCUCUCUGAAUGGCUCCAAACAAAGGCAGCUCAUUUUGGGGCUCUCCAGACCAACUGCAGUUGCUGUCCAGCCUCUGCUAGGGCAUCUGUUCUGGGCAGAUAGCGGGGCUUCUCCCAGGAUUGAGCGAGCCAGUCUGGAUGGAGAGGGCAGAAUAGCACUGAUAACUUCAGCUAUACGUCACCCUGUUGCAAUAUCAUUAGAUAUCCCCCGUGGUCUGCUGUACUGGGCUGAUUCGGGUCUGCGCACAAUAUCAAGGGUUGCAUUUAAUGGACAACAUAGAAAGACAGUUGUAGAGUCCAACGGAUAUCUGGAUCAGCCUUUUGGACUUGUUGUGUUUGAGAGUCGGGUGUAUUGGAGUGACCAAUUGACCAACUCUGCUUGUAGUGCGGACAAGCACAAUGGCAGAACACUUCAGGUGUCUCAGAGACUCGGUUCUGUUUCACCAGCUGGGUUGGCCAUCCUUCACCCUCUGUUACAGCCUGCAGGUAGGGUUGAGUCAAGAAUAUCAAGGGAUUUCAAAAGUAAUGAUAAAGAUCUGUCAAAGUCAGAAACAAGAGGUCAGCUUCCUAUUUCACCAUUUACAUUGAUCUUCUCUUUGACUGUCAUCCUCUGCAUACUGUUGGUGGGGGCGGUGCUCUGGUGGCAGAGGGCAGAGUUCAGGGGCCCUCACUCUUUCUCUCUUGGAGGAGUGUCACUUAAAGAGUCCCAGGAUCCUCUUCUGUUAGCCGGACUAUCUGCGGUACAUGAACGUAAAGAUGGCAUACUAACUAGUCCAACACAAUGACAUGGAAAACCCACCCCCCAUAUCCUGCCCUGUUCAGAAAAAACAACACAGCAGAGUGAGCCAGACCAGAUUCCACACAGACUUCCCUGUUAAAGAUAAGCAUAAUUAAUGGACAUAGAUUACAGAACAACACUAAUUCAGAUUGAUUGUUUGAAUUUACACUCAGUGGAGCACAUUGUCUAUCAAUAAUGGACUGUGUCAGACUUCAUUCAGUUUCAGAUCUCCAUAUCUAACAAUUCACUGAGUAAAUUGUGACAGGAACUGCCAUCUAGUUGCACAUAGUGCUGUGAGAUAUUACAACAUCUGUUUAUUUAUCAACUAUUCCACAGAUGUUUCGUUCUUUUUUUUCUUUUUUUUUUCUUUCAAUUCAGUUAUGUUGUAAUUUUAAAAGUAAUUGCACCUUUGAAUUCAAAGGUGCACACGCUGACAAUGUGCACACACUGACAAUCCCUGUUCUACUUUGGUAAUGUGCGCAUGGAGGAAAACACAUUUUAAUUUGAAAUUGAAUGAUGCUGGAUAUGCUAUUGAGACAGUUCUGUAAUAUUUAUUAUUUGAGGAGAAAAUAAAUGCUAUUUAUUGUGUUAUGGUUUGGAUCACAUUUUCCUCGUUUAUUUGCUAUUUUUAUGGUUUCAAGAUAAAGCUGACUGUUAUAGUGAGUUACACAGCUAAACAUUUUGGCUCCUCCUCUUUUUUGUAUUUUUUUUUUAUGUCUGAAAACAUGGUAAUGGUAUCAUAAUAUGUUGGCCUUGGAUGAAUAAAAUAUGGGUUGGGAAUUACCUCAAUGAAUGUCCUAAUUGCACAUCCUCAUAUAUCUGGCUUGAUUUAAAAAAACAAAAACAACUUUGAUAUUUUUGCCCAUCUACCAUCAGCGAAGUAUAAGCUGCAGUUCAUGCCUUACGAUGUUCUUAAACAAAAAAGAUGUUAUGUUUCUCCUGGAAGGCUACAUAAAAUGCAUGUUUUUAAGGAAAGGUUUCUUGAACAGAGGAAUAUUGUGUAUUUCCUGCCUUUCUAAAACUCUAAACAACAUUUUCGUUGUGGAACAGGCAUACUGACCAAAUGUGCUUGAAUGCACUUUAAGUCUGUAACAGUUGAAGGAGGUGGUGGGAACCGGCUGAACGGUCAACAUGAAGUUUAAUGUAAAACUCAACAUGAACAAAUGCAUGCAGCAUGGCCGCGUGCUUCUCUCUCUCUUUCAACCUGGUGUCUCCGGCUCCCAUUUAUCUCACUCUCCCAUUGAUCAUCUGAUUUAGUGCUGGCCGUGCCCCUCCUCAUCACAAAGUCCAUCUGGAUAAAAUGUAUAAUUUUUUGGGGCCAAAAGUAUAUAUGUAAAUCAAAUCAUGGAUUUAUUACCAAUGUCUGUUUUGCAGCAACAGUAACCUAAAUAAA